AUGGAUUACCUCCGCUACGGAUUCAGCAAUGAGAAAUAUCUGAAGUUUGAAGGCAACCAAAUAACUGAUGACAUUGUUGAGGAUGCAGCCAACCUUUUCUCCUCAAAUUAUGGCGUCUGGGGACCAAUAGCUGAGCAGAAGAUGUGCCCUACCACCAAGGAUAAUAAAAAAGUGGCCAUUGGUCCUCUGCCAUUCAAGCAAGGUCAACAAGUGACCAUGGGCCUUUUGGCAUUCAAACACCAAUUCCUGCCUCCGAACGGUCACAACAUCCUCAUCCAAAUGAGAGAGCAAGGGCAUCUUCUCGGAUACCUUGUCGCAACAAGAUGGGAUCACAAAGGUCGCAAUGUCGUCUGGGUCACUAGUCUUUGUGCCAACGCCAAAUGCCGUCAUUGGGGUGUUGCAACCAAGCUUCUCCGGAUGGUGCGCCAUGGAAAACCUGCCAUGUGCUACGGCAUUCUAAGCCCCCAUCCGUAUGCAAUUCGUGCUGCUGUUCGUGCAUGGGGAAACUGGCCUGGUGACCUUGACUUGACCGUGACAAAGAGAUAUGCGCAAUUGGUCAUGCCUUCCUCGCCUGUCAGAUACGUUCGCAAGGCACGCUUGCAUGGUGCGCUGUUUGAUGAGAGCGUGCACGACUGGGCUGUCUCAUGCGUCGACACAAAUUUAUGGAUUGAUCAAGAAGAGGUUGUGGCGGCGUUGGCAAAGAUCUGUAAGAACAAUAUUCCCUGGCCAUUCGGGAACCUUCCCAAUGGCCAUGAGUUUUUGUUCAUCGCGCACGGCAGUCAUCAUCGGGCCAUAUUUCAGCGUCGAGAAGAUAGGGUUGAGGCAGCAACAGCAAGAAAGUAG